UGAGAACCCUAGAAAACACUGUGUAGUGGUUCGGUGGCCAUCGCCAGUGGAUCUUUGGAGCCGCGGGAGAGGAUCACGCAAAACCAUGUUGGUGAUGUUGCACGAGCAUUUCAUUAACGACUACCGGGCUUCCGUAUCGACACUGUCGGCAUUACCCAUCGUCGUCCUUUUGCUUGGCACGGGGUCGUUCUCAACUGAGUAGCGUGCGGUCCGUUUUCUUUACUUCUCCCGCUUCACGGUGAGCGGACCGAUACAUUUCCAGAGAGAGACGGAGAGAUAAGAGAGAGAGAGAGAGGUCAGUGGAAAAUGGAGAAGGAGAGAGUGUGCGUGACGGGGGCGGGAGGAUUCGUCGCCUCGUGGAUCGUCAAGCUUCUCCUCUCCAAGGACUACACCGUUCACGGAACCGUUCGACGACUCGUUGGGACCAGAGAUGUAGUCACUCAUCGUGGCUACUGCCAUACUCGUCGGCUUGGUUUGCUAGAGCUAAUUUUCUGUGUUGGAGCAACAUCCAUCGGUCCAUAGCUUUUGGGUCAACACGUACCUGUUGGAACGAAUUUGUGUUCUUCUUGCACGAUGUUCCGUGGCGUUCGAAACGCAACCGGUUGUGUUUUUCUAAUUUGUUGCAUGUUCCCACAUUGGGUUUCAUCGUUCAUUUACCGAUGAGUAUGAAAUUCUAUCCUCUGUUAAACAAGACCAGGGAUUCCUCAGCGGUUCACAUGAUCUGAACUGUAAUACGAAACAAAUAUAUGCUGCGCGGAGUGAGAAUUUACAGUUAAACUACCUUAACCACGUUAAGGAAAUCUGCUAGGAGUAUACAAAGUCUCAUUGGAGCAUGUUAUAUGGGAAGUACGACCAUUUGAACAAGUUUGAGAAUGCAUCUGAAAACUUGAAACUCUUCGAAGCAGACUUGCUGGAUUACAAUUCUCUUUGUUCUGCUAUCAAAGGAUGUACUGGAGUUUUACAUGUUGCUAGUCCAGUUCCUUCCUCCUCUGUACAGAAUCCUGAGAUAGAACUGCUUGAACCUGCUGUAAAGGGAACACUAAACGUUCUCAAGGCAUGUUCCGAAGCAAAAGUGAAGCGGGUCGUUUAUGUGUCAUCCAUCUCUGCAAUUGUAAUGAAUCCGAUGUGGCCAAAGGAGCGAGUGAAGGAUGAAACUUGUUGGUCGGACAAGGAAUACUGCAUUACUACCAAGGGGGAUAUAGUUUUACCUUAUUGUCAUGCUAGUUUGAGGUAUAAGUCUGAGGCACAUGCAUUUAUAGCCGCAUUAACAGCUAUUCCACUUAUGCCACAGAACUGGUAUGGCCUGUCAAAGAGGGAAGCAGAAAGUGCCGCUGUCGAGUUUGCAAAAGUAAACGGGCUUGAUAUGGUAAGGAUUUGCCCCGCCCUUGUUUUUGGGCCUCUUCUGCAGUCCAGGGUGAAUGCAAGCAGCUUGGUCCUUGUAAAGCUUAUGGAAGGCACUUAUCUGAGGCUUGUUAAUGAUGGGGAUGAUUCCAUGCCAAACAAGCUCAGGAAUCUAGUGGAUGUGCGUGAUGUAGCUGCAGCUGUACUUCUGGGAUAUGAAAAUCUCGAGGCAGAAGGGCGUUACGUAUGCACGGCACAUGCUAUCAAGACUCGCGAUUUGGUCGUCAAGCUAAGGAGUUCAUACCCAAAUUACAGUUAUCCACAAAAUUUUAGUGAGACUGAUGAAGAAGAUAGGCUGAGCUCGGCAAAACUGCAGAGGCUAGGCUGGUCUUACAGGCCACUGGAGGAAACUUUGGUUGAUUCCAUUGAAAGCUACCAGAAGGCUGGGUUGUUAAACGGCAAAUGAUUCAGAGGACACUAGUAUGCGGUUUUGCUGCUUACUUGGAGUCCUAGGCACGGUGGAGACAGUUUCUUUCCGAAGUUACCUUUUACUGAUGAAAUUGUUUGGCUAGUGUCUGAGGAUUCAGCAUUAGCAUUAGGCAUUGUAUUGGCGCUGUUUGUCUCGUGUAGAGCCAUACUUUGCGCGUGAAUAGAAAGAAGACAAUCUUGGGAUGGUGCAA